UUUCGUCUUUCUCGCAAGCGCAAUACCAGUCGACGGUCGUCCUGUUUCACUCCUCCGCCAUGCGCUCGCUUUUGGUCCCAGUCGUGGCUGCUGCGCUAGUGGUCACACCAAUCACUGCCUUGGAUGUGCCGACAGUCACCAUUAAGAAUGGCUCUUACUACGGUGUCUACCAGCCCACGUACGACCAGGAUCUCUUCCUCGGAAUGCCCUACGCGCAGCCGCCUGUCGGCGAUCUCCGCUUCCGCAACCCAGAACCUCUCAACACGACGUGGACGGACUCCAAGAACGCGACAGAGUACUCUCCCGAGUGCUACGGAUAUGGCAGUGACCAGUGGGUGCUGGGCAACAUCAUUUCGGAGGACUGCUUAACGAUAAACGUGGUUCGUCCGAGCAACGUCUCUGAAGGGGACGAUCUGCCUGUCGGGGUGUGGAUUUAUGGCGGAGGUCUUGUCCAAGGUGGUGCCCGUGACCCUCGUUACAACCUGUCUUACAUCAUCGAGGAAGCUGCGGCAGCGGGUAAACCGUUCGUCGGCGUCAGCUUUAACUAUCGUCUCCAGGCCUUCGGGUUCAUGUCGGGCACCGCUGUGCACAAGGCCAGUGUGGCCAACCUCGCGCUGAAGGACCAACGUCUGGCCUUGCACUGGGUGCAAGAGAACAUCGCCGCAUUCGGCGGAGACGCCAGCAAGGUCACGAUUUGGGGUGAGAGUGCUGGUGCGCGCAGUAUCGGCUACCAGCUGAUCGCCUACGACGGCCGCGACGACGGUCUGUUCCGUAGCGCUGUGAUGCAGUCGGGUGCUUCGGCUUACUGGCCCAAGAGCUUCAAGAACGCCUCUGCCUGGAACGUCCAUUACAACAGCAUCACUGAUGCCACGAACUGCAGCUCUGCGGAAGACACCCUUGAAUGCCUCCGCCAGGUCCCGAUUGACACGUUAUCGGCCGUUUUCAAUAGUUCGGCGGCUACGUCGGCGAUGUAUGCGCCGUCUGUCGACGGUGACUUUCUGACGGACGUUGGGCCAAAGCUCAUCGGUGAAGGCAAGUUCGUGCACGUGCCAAUCCUGCACGGCGCCAAUUUUGAUGAGGGUACUGCGUUCGGCAAGACGGGCAUUAACACGACUGAGCAGUUCUAUGAGUACCUGGUUGGAACCAUGGGCUACAGCGACGAUGAGGCUGAGGUGGUGUUGAAGAUGUACCCCGACAUUCCGCAGAUAGGCAUCCCCGCCACGCUUCGUGGCCGACCGGGCAAUGACACUAGCUACGGAUACAUGUACAAGCGGGUGGAGGCUUACGCCGGCGACAACAAUCAGCACGGCCCUCGACGCUUUAUGUCCCAGAUGUGGACGCGCGACGACGUACCCGUGUACAGCUACCGGUUCAACGUUGUGCCCACCGGCAUCUCGCAGUAUCUCGGUUCGACGCACUUCCAGGAGGUAGCAUUCGUGUUUUACAACCUCAAAGGCAACGGAUACAACACGUCGGUGGCGACGGACCCGUUCCUGAACAAACCGGACGGCUUCAAGCAGCUUGCUCGGAUAAUGACUCGUAUGUGGGCAAGUUUCAUCGUGGACCAGACACCAAACAACAAUGGCGUGACAGACGUCGAGUGGCCGCAGUACUCGCUCGACGACCCACAGAAUAUCGUGUUCGACGCCAACGUGACGGAUCUCGCCUACAUCGAGCCGGACCUGUUCCGCGCCGAGGCGAUCGCGUAUAUCCACAGUCUAUACAACGCCACCAGCUAGGCGAACGAGAUAAUACAAUUAUGAUGUGUGUUGACGUGA